AUGCCUCGUAUCAACUUCAGCCGUACUGAGCGUUUUGCUCAGAUGUCGAAGCAGGAGCAACUGAUCGCACAGAAACGACAGCAGAUCCUAGAGAAGCAGCGUACGCUCGAGCUAGCGAAACAGAUUGCCGCCGAAGCGACUAAAGAUACGCCAAGCGUGACGGAGACACCGGAAGAUACGACAGAUACGUCGGGAAAGGUGUUGCUACCGUUCAGCAACGACGGUUCAUUUCUCGAGCGGUUCAAGCAACUGAGAGAGAAGAUAGUAAAACAGACCGACGAUCAGGUGAAACCAGCGGUCCCAGAACCGGACGCUACGCUAAACAUUGAAUCCGCACCUGCUGUGGGUGUGUCUGCUAGCAGCAGCAGCGAACAGAUGUUCAAGUUUGACAUCCCACCACCAUCGCUUUUACCAACGCUUCCACCACCGCCUCCGCCACCACCACCACCACAGCUACCAGCCAUGGCAGAUGAUGUCCAUUUCGAACCGUUUUACGAUCUGCCGCCCGUGGUGGCGGCCGACACUAGCAACGUACCGGAUGAUACCGGCCGUACCGGCGGUAGAAGCGAGGUAGCACUGCCGAACUGCCAAGUAUUUUCAGAACAUGAUAAAUUACCAACCACAGUUGAAGAAUUAAUUCAAUUGGUUGCCGAUAUCGGUGAUGUUUAUGAAGAUAAAUUAUGUUCACGUAAAAAUGAUUUGCAUCCGUCGCUUUGGUUCGUGUUCGAUAAGCAAUCGGAGGCGUACCGUGGCUUUCGCAGGAUGAUCGCGAUAAGGCGCGAAACCCAAGCGGAAGACGAUGCAGCGGAUGCGGGUUUACACAGCAGAAGAGUAAACGAUGCAAUACUGAUCAGUGGCGAUGAGCAGGAGGAGGAAGAUGAUGAUGACGCCAAAUACGAUCCCGCCGAUGUGCUGGACGAUUCGAUCAUCGACGAUGGGCAGGAGAACCACGCGAAGCAACAAACGGCUGGUGGUAUACCCGAAGGCUCGAAAGGCACGUCCGAGAUUCCUAUUCACAUGAUGCCGAACUUUUACGGUGACGAGCGGCAUUUCUACGAUGACAAAUCGACGACGGAAACGGACUCGGAUACGGAAUAUGUACGGGAGGCACGGGAACGCAACCUAAAGAAUCUCAAGCGCAAAACGUUUGAUGCCGGGAACCGUCGUGAAGAUGGCAGUUCGACCGACUCCGAUGAUGACUAUCAUGGAGGACUCGGAGAUAGUGCAAAUGAAUCAUUGAACGACAAAAAUGGAGGUAGUUCCGGUGCGGGCGGCAGUGCUACCGGCGGCAGUGGUGGUGGAGGAGGGGGAGGAGGUGCUGGAAGCGGUUCUCGUGGCCAUCGGCAGAAGUUUCGCAAAAAGUCACGCUGGGGUGAGAAUACGGAUGGGGCAGGAACAGCGGGCAGCCAGGAAGGUGUGAUGACUGGGUCAACGCAACAACAAAAUCAGCAACCACAGCCACCGGUGCAGCAAGGAAGCAUACCAGGAAUUCCAUGGACCGGGGGACAUUUAAAUGUACCACCACCACCUCCACCACCCCCAAUGCCAGCAGCACCAGGUACGUCGCUCGAUCGCAACAAUCCCGGACUGUUGCAGUACGUGUUCCAUCAUUACGGUACGGUAGCGGAUGUAUCACCGGAAUGCUGGAGCAAAGCGGAAGAACACUACCGUUUACAGCUGCUGUAUGAUGACCUGACGCAGAAGAUACAGCAGCACGAUCAGUUUUUGCGCGUCAGCGUGACGGAAGGGCAACGUGUGGACUCAGACGAAGAGCGCCGGCUGAACACGAUCAAGCUAGAGGCGAUUAUGUGCUGGAUCAGUGAGAUAACGCACUUGUACGAACGCAUACGCCCGAAGCAUUUGAGCGAGUUUUUGAUGCGGGACGAUUACGAGCGUUUUGUGGAACGGUUCCGUCGAACUUCCGACCGGCAGCCGAAUUUUGAAGACUACAAAGAGUUCCGGUUGCGCGAAGCUAAUGGGACGCUUGCCGAUGCCGCCGUGUCUGGUGCGGCCCGGCCGGAUGAUGGGUCGGGGAAACGCGAAUACAGCUCGACCGAUUCCGAUUUCGUGUCCUAUCGCGAACCUGGACAGUCGACUAGUGGUCAACAGCAGGGUAGCGCACACGGCAACGGGAAAUCGGAAACAAGCACGGUAGAACCCACGUCAACGGUGGGCGGAGGUGAAAAGCGUGCCGCCGAAGGAACAGUUGAAGAACAGCAUCAGCAACAAUUGGCUGCAAAACGGCGCAAAAGUCGUUGGGGUGGUCAGGUGGAGUGUGGCCCACAGUUUGUUCCGGGUCAGAGUUUCCGGACACAACCGCCACCACCGCUACCAGCUCAUCCACCAGGUCCACCGCCGUCCCUGCCAUCGACCAAACUGUCCACAGUAAGUCGAACCGAUCCGGCAUUGUUGGCGUAUGCGCGGCAAAAUUUUGGAACCACAAACCUCUCGGAGGAAGACUGGAAGAAGGCAGAAGAUCACUACAAGAUCAACUUGCUUUACCAGGACAUGUUGCGUAAGCGGCAGGAGAUCGACCGACUGGCAAACAGUGGUCGAUUCAAGUACGAGUACGACUCGGAUGAGGAUACGACGGGCGGUACCUGGGAACAUAAGCUGCGCCAGCAGGAAAUGGAAGCGACGCAAAAGUGGGCGAACGAGCUUACACGCCAGUCAGAGGGCAAGCAUCAUAUUGGUGACUUUCUGCCACCGGAGGAGUUGCGCAAGUUUAUGGAAAAAUACGAAGCGCAGAAGAACAACCGUCAGCCAAAUCUGAGCGACUACAAGGACUACAAACUGCGCGAGGAUAACGUUGGGUUUCAGAUGCUGCAGAAGCUUGGAUGGAAGCAGGGCCAGGGCCUGGGUGCGGACGGUAGCGGUAUUGUGGAUCCAAUCAAUAAGGCCGCACAGCGAGACAAUAAUCAGGGCUUGGGCAUCAUUACCCCGGACAACCCGGAGGUCAACGAUAACGAGUACGAUGCGUACCGUAAGCGCAUGAUGUUAGCGUACCGGUUCCGGCCGAAUCCGCUGAACAAUCCGCGCCGCGCUUAUUACUAA